AUGAAUGCCCUCGACUUCCUAGUGGAAUUUGUUCGCUUUGAAGGGACCUCAGAACAUUUACUUCCUCAGCAUAACCAAAACACCAACGCUUCUGAGCAUCCGAUAGGCGACACAGAAGCAGGGAUGCUGACUUCAGCGUAUCUCAGAGCUUCUGAGCAGUAUCAUCUCACACAGCAAGCAUCAGAACAAGAGGCUACAUGUAAUUUCCCCACGAAUUCGCUAUCUGCACAACACAUGCUUUCGAUAUCAGCAAGUCAUUUGCCUGACCCAAGUGUCACCAACUUUAAAUAUCACGACAUACCGCAACCGUCUAUAGAGCAUGACGACCACCCGCCACAGACACUCACUAGAUAUGCACAGAAAGAGCAAAUAGAGGGCUCUUCUCACGACACAAACUCCAUUAUACCACAAGCAUAUUACCAGCACUUGAAUAGCCACGCACCAUGCACUACGGGCUACGAAGCCAGCAACACCCAAGCCCCUGUCCUGAACAUGCAGUACGACCCUCAGACGCUAUAUAUCUUCCAACCCUCCCAAGAACAAGAAACCCACUACGUCUCCUUCUCCGAGGAAGCCUCACCCGUCCAGAUCCAUUGCAACAACAGCAUCUGCGCAUGCUGGGCCCAAAAACCACAAAGCUAUCACCCGACAGAAAACAUAUGGCUACCCUGGAACACAACCCAAGCCUCACAUGGCCCCGGAGUCCCACCACCCGUAUACAACGACUGGAUACUAGAAUCUACCGGAAGAUCCAAUUUCAGCACCGUCUAA